AUGUACUUAAUUUAUCUCGGUACCUAUUCUAUUGAAUGGCCAUCUAAUAAUCCUUCGUUGAAUGGAUUUCCAUGGGAAUUUUUUGCGGUUUAUCUCAAUGUUCCGUUCCUUUUCGACGAAUCAUUUGAAGAUAUUCAUACUACUAUGCUUCUUUUAUUCGGUCUGAUACAAAGUGCUUUUCUAUGCAAUCUUUUCACCUUUAUUCAAUUCAAUUUCGGCUGGGGUAUACGAUAUGCAAGAGCAAUGGUUUUCUUUUAUACAUUUUAUGUUUUCCAACGAUCUCUUCGUGGCGAAACAAUCCUCAUACCCAAACUACCUUUGAGAAUACAUUGGAAAUCAAUCACUCUAAUCACAAUAUUCUUCUUCUCAACUGGAUAUUUCAUAUUCCCAUACACGACAAACCUCCUGAUGUAUCAACGUUUCUACGUUUACUGCCUGUGUAUCGAAACAUCUAUUUGGUAUUUCACAAAAGAGUUUCGAAUGUUUCCCCGUCAUCCAAGACCCAACUACUUUCUUUUUGUGAGAGCCUAUAACCUUACUGUGCGUCGAAUUUGA